CGCGCGGCUCCGCGGCUCUGUCGGAGGGGACGGAAGUGACGUCACGCGCGGGCGCCAUCGCCAUCAUGGCGGACAGAGGAGCCUCGCGGGUCCCGGAGCGGUGGACCGACUACAUCCCACUGGGCCGGAGGAUGCCGGGCACGCGCUUCAUCGCCUUCAAGGUGCCCCUGAAGAAGAGCUUUGAUCGGAACCUUCUGCCAGAAGAGAGAUUUUCCCCUCACGACCUCAUCAGGAAAGUCAAGGAGCGGAAGGAGGAGCUGGGGCUGAUCAUCGACCUGACGUACACCACACGCUACUACGGGCCCGAGGAGCUGCCCCCCACGCUGCGCUACUCGAAGAUCCUGACCAUGGGCCACAAGAUCCCCAACAGAAGGACCAUCCUGCGCUUCAAGUACCUCGUCAAGAGGUUCCUGACAGACAACAAAGACAACGAUAAACUCAUCGGGGUGCACUGCACACAUGGCCUGAACAGAACUGGCUACUUGGUUUGCAGGUACCUGAUUGAUGUUGAGGGCAUGGAGCCAAAUGCUGCCAUAGAGUUGUUCAACAAGUCUCGGGGACAUGCCAUAGAGAGAACCAACUACAUCCAGGAUCUUCAGAAGAGAGCCCUGAGAAGCAGCUGUGAACUGAAGAAUUUGGGCUCGGAUCUCCUCAGGAAAAAAGGCGGCGCCGCAGCAAAGCCCCAGAAGCAGCUGCUCAAACCCCCCCAGCACCGCUCGGGCCAGCCCCCCCCAGCAGUGCCCAGGAACUCUGGCAGCACCAAGAAGAUGCAGCAGCCUGGCUCCAAGGCUCAGGCACAGCCCCAGGAGCUGGGACAGCGGCACGGGGCCCUGGAGCAGAGGCACCAGAAGAAGCUGGAGCAGAGGCAGCUGGAGAAGCUGGACCAAAAGCAGCUGGAGAAGCUGGAGCAGAGGCACCAGAAGAAGCUGGAGAGCCCACAGGCGCCAGGAGACGCCGGCACCGGCGCAGGAAACACGAACUGA